AUGGUAGAGCAACCCGCAAACGUGGAUGCCGCCGUGAAUACCCCAGUUGUGGUUGAUUCAAACGAUGAUGGAACAGUCGCCCAGGAACUGGAAUUAGAGCAUAUGAGGAGUACAUUGGAAGAGGCGAUUGUGGAAACGCACAGUACGCCUCUCGAAAAUCGACCGCGACUUCCCCGCAUAGCCCUAAGCAAGCGGAAUCGGGCUGUCGUGAGGGCUCUGAACCCAAUGCUGGUGACCUAUUUGGAAGCCAGCCGGGACCUUUGCGAGACGGACUCAAUUCCUUUUGGCGCCGCGCUGGCAGUCUGCCGUAUCAUAGGCGCCAAGGUUUCCACGGCUGGACACGCUACUGGCCAUAGUAGCGCUAUCCCAGCAUGGAGAAGAAGAAUUGAGGAACGUAUCGCAAAGGCUAGAGCUCUCAUCGGCAGACUGAUAUGCUUCAGAUCAGGCAACAACAGGCCAAGAAUUGUGCGCACCGUCAGGAUGGCGUUUGCUGGGACAAAUGUCAGUUUGUCCCAGCCGGAUAUAACGCAAAAACUGACGGAGCGCAUAGAUGAUCUGAAGCAGAGAAUCGCUGCUUGGGGAAAACGGAUUCGGCGAUAUACCGAGAGGUCGACACGGUUCAACCAGAAUCGUCUCUUCCAGAGUGAUCAGAAGAGGCUUUAUGAAUCAUUGGAGCGACCAAUGGUAAGUGGAACGGGUCCAGCACCGAAUCAGGCCGACACUGUAGCAUUCUGGCGCGGCCUGUGGUCAGAGCCCGUAAACCACAGCGAGGGCCUUUGGACGGAAGUUGUGGCGAGUCAGUGUGCGGGUAUUACGCCCAUGGACCCCGUCAUCAUAACGCCGGAUGACGUAGCUGAGGCGGUCCGUAGGGCCCCGAACUGGAAAAGUCCGGGGCUUGACGGGCUGCAUCACUACUGGCUGAAGGGGUUCAUGGUGUGUCACUCUGUGCUUGCCCGACAGUUUCAAGAGGCUCUCAACCAGAAGUCGCUCCCAAGCCUCUUCACUACUGGGAUCACUCAUUUGGUUCCUAAAGACCAGGAUGAUGGAAAACAAAUUCCCACUGCAAUGAAAGUGACAGAUAGAAGAAUAUUCUUCACGUUAGAAGCAGAUAAUGAUUUAAAAACAAAAAAAGAGUGUUUUGGAGUAGCAAAAGUUGAAAGAUAUAUUAGUGUAUAA